AUGGUCGAUCAAGACAGCUUAUCGAAGUUGGACCAAGCAAUCUCUAGUCGGUGUGGUCACUUGAGAAGCACUAUUAUAGAAAGACACGAGAAAAAGUCACGCUGGCGUUCAACAUCUGAGAGUGAACAUAACAUCAUGAACAAAUGGGUCGUUAAUGUCUCACAGCGAAAUUUGUCCAACAACGAAAUAGAUUUGUUAAGAAAGGGUCUAAAUUUUGUCGGAACUCCGAGACGUGUACCAAAGAAAGAAAUACUAGCGUCGGUUGAACAAGGUAUCAAGGAUCUUACAGAAGAAGCAAAAAACGACAUACGGGCUGGCGUCUUCUCAAUUUUGAAACAUGCUAAACCCCUCUCAAUACAGAAUUUAACUCGGGGCGAAAGGAAAGCAAUUAAAGACUUGAAGUCAGAGGACACGAUUAUCAUAACAAAAGCUGACAAAGGAAAUGCUGUGGUUAUAAUGGAUAAGGCAAAAUAUACUGAACAAGUAAACGAGAUGCUUGGAGAUCAAACAGUUUAUACACGCAUCACCGAUAAGAGAAGAAAUCCCACCAAGCAGACGGAAACUGUCUUAGAGAGUAUACUGAAAGAGCUUCGACGCUCGGGAAACAUAACUGAUAGAGAAUAUUGGCAGCUACGAGCUUUUGAUUCUUCCCCUGCUACAUUUUAUGGUUUGCCAAAA